AUGCAGUCAAGUUUCAAUGGGCCAAUUUCAACCACUGACUUCAGCAUGAUGACAUCCGAAGAGCAGCCAGUUGCAACGUCAAGUAUACUUGAUCUGGAAAAGCUGGGAAAAGAGCGUCCCAAAGCCUUUCCAGGGCUCUGGCCUGAGCUAGCCUUUUGUUUUUCGAUUGUGAUGUCCCAAAUCCUAGCAGAAUUCUUCAUAUCAGGGUCCAACAUUCUUCUCCCAACUCUUGUAAAAGAACUAGAUAUACCGGAUGCCUCGACAAUAUGGACCACAACCGCCCUCUCUCUUACUGUCACCUCAACACUUCUCAUCUUUGGCCGCUUGAUCGACAUGUACGGUGGCUACAUCGUCUAUAACGCGGGCGCCAUAUGGCUUACCAUUUCGUCAAUUCUCUGCGGUGUGUCUCAGACAUGGUUGACAUUGGUUGCCUGUCGAGCCCUGCAAGGGCUGGCUCUCGGAGCCCUGCUCCCAUCUGGAUUGAUGAUUCUGGGAAGUAGAUACCGCCCAGGGCCCCGGAAGAACUUGGUGUUUAGUAUUUACGGUGCAUGUGCGGCGUUGGGCUUUUUUGCCGGAUUUUUGGUCUCUGGAAUAUGUGCCCAGUACCUAACUUGGAGAUGGUAUUUCUUCAUUGGUGCCGUCUUAUCGGCGGUGAUGGCGGUUCCGUCGCUUUUUUAUAUCCACCGUGAUUAUGCCGAGAAACGAGAGCUUGGAAUACGGAUGGAUUGGGUUGGUUUUUUCUUGUCCAUCUCAGGAGCGGCGGUCUUUGUUUUCGCUAUUGCGGAUAGCUCGUACGCCCCGCAUGGUUGGAGGACUCCUUAUAUCCCGGUCCUUUUCUCGAUAGGUGCCACCUUGCUGGGCGUCAUGGUGUACCUGGAAGCGUGGGUGAUUGAUAACCCUUUGCUUCCUGGUGACAUUUUCCGGGUCAAGUUUAUGACGCCUUUGAUACUGGCAUUGCUCUGUCUUUACGGAAGUGUGGGCAUUUUCCUUCUAUACGGAGUCUUGUACAUGUCAGCUUUCAUGAGCGCCACCCCUCUCCAAGUCGUCGCCUGGACCUCCCCUAUGGCAGUUGGUGGCCUCAUCCUCUCAGUCACAGGAGGCUUCUUUCUCCACAAAGUAUCCGGUACAGUACUGAUAAUUAUCUCGUGUCUUGGAUAUGUCGGCUUAGGGCUGUUAUUUGCUAUCAUCCCUAUCGGCGGGAACUACUGGGCCUAUGUGUUCCCCGCGAUGAUUUGCGGUACCAUCGCCGUCGACAUUAGUUUUAAUCUUGCCAAUAUAUUCAUCACGACGAGCAUGCCGAAAGCCAAGCAGGGCCUGGCUGGUGCGUUGAUUUAUUGCACCAUGCACCUGGGGAUUGCGGUUAUGCUGGGGUUUGCGGAUAUUAUUGAAACACAGACAAAGAGUCUCGGCAAGUGGAAGAGUUAUAAAAUGGUGUUUGGGUUCCAGACGGGACUUUAUGUUCUUGGUCUUUUGAUUGUUUUGGGAUUCGUGAGGAUUCGUCAUGCCAAAAGUGAAUUGACGGUGGAUGAGAAAGAGGAAUUAGAGAGAAGUUACCCGACCACAAGGCAGUCUGAAUCGGAUUGA